AUGUUUGGCGAUGCCGCAAUGUCUCUCAUAAUUGAAGCGCGGCGUUCCCAGGCGUUAGAUACCCUCCUAAACUACAACGACGAAACCGUAAGGAACGUCGUGCGUGAAAUCCGCUCUCUCGACGCGGACAUGCAAGCUGCCAUCACCGAGAGUAUGGAGAAGGAUCCUGACGCGGAGCCUUCAAAAGGAGUUAUGUGCGAAAUGCAUAUUUACAACUCUUCCGUCCAACAUAACAAACGCUGUCUACUCUCAUAUCUCGCAAGCCGUAUUGAUCGGCUCAAAGAUAGCUUCUGGGCUUCCAAUGGGGCACUCCCUCACCUCCUCAACGACCCAGAGAUUCGUCACAAGAUAUCGCCCCAUGAAGUCGAUUUCCUCCGACAGUACAAUGCACUCAUCAUGGAUUACAGAUCAGAUGUGCUGGAUGUGUUAGAUGUCGCUGCCAGUCUGACGAAUCCACCUAAGGACUUGUAUGUAGAAGUCCGCGUUCUCCGUGAAUGUGGAACGAUUCAAACGGAAGUCGGUUCGAUCGACUUUAAGCGGGGACAAAGAUUCAUGGUUCGACGAUCCGACGUUGAACACUUGAUCGUUCAAGGCUACCUCGAGAUGGCGUAA